CGGGCGGGGGCGCGCGAUGCUGAUGAUGCCGCCGCCGCCGCCGCCGCCGCUGGUGAUGAUGGCGGAGCGAGGGCGGGUGGCGCUGGUCCCGGGCACCGCGCUGCCCAAACCCCUGCCCAUGAACCUGUUCGCUACUUGGGAGGUGGACAGAUCGUCGCCCAGCUGCGUACCCAGAUUGUGCAGCCUCACACUGAAGAAGCUAACUGUACUGAAAGAACUUGACAAGGAUCUGAACUCUGUGGUAAUUGGUGUUAAGAUGCAGGGUUCAAAGCGUAUCCUAAGAUCAAAUGAAUAUCUUCUCCCACCUGGAGGCCUGAUGGAGACUGAUUUAGCACUCACCUUUUCCUUGCAGUAUCCCCAUUUCCUGAAGAGGGACGCAAACAAACUACAAAUUCUGCUACAGAGGAGGAAGAGGUAUAAAAAUCGCACCAUCCUUGGCUACAAGACAUUGGCGGCGGGCUCGAUUGACAUGGCUGAGGUGAUGCAGCACCCAACUGACGAUGGCCAGGUGCUUGGACUGAACUACAACAUUAAAGAAGUGUCAGUGCGGGUCGCUGAGAUUAGUAUCUACUCCCUCUCCAGCCAGCCGAUCGAUCAUGAGGACGGCGGUGUACAUGCAGGAUCCAAGACAAAAGCUUCAGAUCGAUCUCCAGACAUGGAUAAUUACUCUGAGGAAGAAGAUGACAGCUUUUCCUCUGAGCAGGAGGGUAGUGACGAUGCUGUACCGAGUCAGGAUUUAUACGAUGAAGACGAUGAACUGCGGAAAGCCAAAAAGACGCGACGGAAGAUGAUGCGGGCCACCUCGAUGACGCGGCAACCCAACUUCAAGCAGAAGUUUGUUGCUUUACUGAAAAGAUUCAAAGUGACAGAUGAGGUGUUGGACUCCGAUCCUGUCGAUCAGACCCAGGAAGCAGAAGAGGAUCUUGACCUGCUCUACGAUAGCCUGGAAGUUUACAAUCCCAGCGACAGUGGUCCUGAAAUGGAGGAUAAUGAAAGUGUUCUCAGCACACCCAAGCCUAAACUGAAGCCAUUCUUUGAAGGGAUGUCGCACUCCAGCUCGCAGACAGAGAUUGUUAGCCUGCACAGUCAGAAGAACCAAACCCAUGAGCAGCCAGGUCCAACCGAGGUUCAACUGCCCGACACUAAGAACGUGAACAGCCCCAGCCAACAGGAAGAGGCUACUGUGGAGUCCAUUCCUCUGCAGGAGCUGGAGGACGUGGAUGUGAAGCCAUGCAGCGUAGAUGAUUGGGAAGCACCUGUGGAGCGGUUGGUGCUUCCAGGAAAGAUCACCAAGACAGAAUCGCAACUCAUCGUAUCCCCGAGUAAGUCAGAAAAUAGACAGCUACGAAGGCCAAGGAGCACCUCUCUGAGAGACCGACAGAACUCAAAGACACAAGGUGAUAGAGCCAGUAGCUUCGACAGCGAGUGCUUGACAGACUCCAGGUUCAACAACCAGGUCCCUCGUAAAUCUGUCUACGACCAAUUGAACCAGAUCCUAAUCUCAGACGAGCAUCUGCCAGAAAGCAUCAUCUUGGUGAACACCACGGACUGGCAGGGGCAGUAUUUGUAUGAGCGGCUUCAGGAGAAGAGCCAGCCCAUGGUGUGCACCUGCUCCACAGCAGACAUCCAUGCAGUCUUCAACACCAUUGUCACCCGGAUACAGCGGUUCUGUAACUGUAACUCCCAGAUGCCACCUCCAGUAAAGGUGGCUGUCGCUGGAGACCAGACCUUUCUCAGCAACAUCCUGAGGUUCUUUGUGGAGCAGUUGGCGAACAAAACUCCAGACUGGCUGAACUAUAUACGGUUCCUCAUCGUCCCUCUAGGCUCCCAUCCCCUGGCCAAGUAUCUGGCUUCGGUGGACAACAAGUACAACAGUUUCUUCAUGGACUCCGCCUGGAGAGACCUCUUCAGCAAGACAGAGCCUCCCACCACAGAGACAUUUGACAUCAUCAGUCGCAUCAUGCAGUAUGUGUCUGGAGCCAAUAUCUCCCACCAGCUUCCCAUAUCAGAGGCUAUGCUGACCUACAAGCAGAAGAGGAAAAGGAGCCUAUAUUUUGAUUUAUAUAUCAGCCCUGAUGAGGAUUCCUGCCAGAAAUUCAUCCCUUUUGUCGGUGUGGUGAAAGUGGGCAUUGUGGAACAGUCACUGUCAGCCUCAGUUGACUCUGAUGAUGCGAACUUGUGCAAUGUUAAUAUCUUAUCUCCAACGCCAACCACCAGCCUGACGGCUUACACGAAAGAUACCAACGCCACGCCGCCACCAUCCCCAUCUGUCUCUGGUGUGCUGUCCGGAUCUUGUCCGCCAGGGGCUGGAGGGGAGGUGAUGGGGCUGCAGGUUGAUUACUGGACGAUGCAGGUGCCCGACAAGAAGAGAGACGGGGAAAAGCGAGACAUCGGCAGCAAGAACACAUUGAAGAGCAACUUCCGCUCGCUGCAAGUCACUCGGCUUCCAAAUGGGGGUGAGAUGGUGCCGCCGGCUACUAUGCUGAUGACCGUGGUGACCAAGGAAAAGAAUAAGAAAGUGAUGUUUCUGAGUAAGAAGCCGCGGGAAAAGGAGCUGGACUCAAAGAGCCAAGUGAUCGAGGGAAUCAGCAGGUUGAUCUGCACGGCCAAGCACCAGCAAACCAUGCUGAAAGUCACCAUCGAUGGCGUGGAGUGGAACGAUGUAAAGUUCUUCCAGCUAGCCGCCCAGUGGCCCACCCACGUCAAGUACUUCCCUGUUGGAAUAUUCGGCUACUCCAAGAUGGCGUGAUGCAGGAUGUGGAUUAGACCCUGUGCCCACUGCCCGACCUGUUCCUGUGGAAUAACUCCCACCUGGCACCCUGCUGUGUUUUUUAUUUAACUGCCGGUGGGAACAGUUGACAAUUGUUUUUUUUAUUUAAGAACACUUCCUCUGUGUGGAUUACAGACUACAAGGGCUCUGACAGCUCGCUCACACGUGCACUUUUCAGAAGGUCGUCCAAGACGCCAAUUUGUAACUUUCAAAUAAAAGUGUUGGGAGUUGAAUAUCCCUGCUCGA